CUUCCGCCCGCCCGCCCGCAAUGCCGCACCGACAGUCCGGCCCGCGCCCGCUCUCCAUCCUUCCCCGAGUGUCCCGAACCAAAGGGUUUCCCUAAGGCCUGAGAGGGCAGGGGGAAACCGCCCGGCUCGGGCCCCGCCCCUCUCGGCCUACGCCUCUGUCGUCACUUCCUCCCCAUGUCUCCUAGCAACCAUGGCCUGCUUGGGUCGACUGACUUUGGAAGCGUCGGAACGGGACUGAUCUUCCAGUCGGGCCGCUAGCGAUGGCAGAGGUUGAGGAAACUCUAAAGAGGAUUCAGAACCAUAAAGGGGUUAUUGGAACAAUGGUUGUUAAUGCUGAAGGUAUUCCCAUCAGAACAACCUUAGAUAAUUCUACAACAGUUCAGUAUGCAGGCCUUCUUCAUCAGCUGACUAUGAAAGCCAAGAGUACAGUGCGAGAUAUUGAUCCUCAGAAUGACCUAACUUUUCUUAGAAUCAGAUCAAAGAAACAUGAAGUCAUGGUAGCCCCAGAAGUGCCCCUGAUCCCUUGCAACCGCAAGUGCUCUUCUCCACUCUAGAACUGAGACCCAGAAAUAAGGAAUAUCUUCUGAUUGUCAUUCAGAAUCCAACUGAAUAAACUUGCGAUAACAAAUUUGACAAUGAACCUAAACUGCUUUUAACAAAUUCCUUGUUACUAAAAUUGCAUUCCUUCCUUAUGGAUAUUUUAAUAUACUUAGCUGCUUUUAUAUUGAAUCUAUUCCUACUUAUUCCAUUUAUUUUCUUUUGAUUAUAUUUUUAAAGUGUUCAUUACCAAUAUAAUGCAUUUAUCAAAUUUCUGGUGUGUCCUUUCAUAGAUGUAGUAUAAUAAAAUUAAUAUAUAGAAUACUUCUCUAAAUAUUUUUCUUUGCUAAUAUUUAAAGUUUAACAAUGUCUGGGAAGUAAUCAUUCUUACAAUACAGUUAUUUGAACUUUUUGAUAGUUACCAAGUAAAGUAGAUGCAUAGUUAAAAUAUCUCAUUUCAGAAGUCUUCCCCAGGACCGAAAUGAAAGAACAACAACAAAGGUUAUUAUAAAAAUUAGGAAUAAACCCCGUGUUUGCAGGAUGGCAGAGAUAGGUCUGCCUGCAGCUGAUGGAGGCAUCCAGAGGGGGAAAAACAACAACUAUAUAUGUGGGAUGGAGUCUACUGUGGAAAUCCAUGGGUGCCACAGGGUAUUUUGGAUUUUAUUCUUUCGAUUCUGAUGGAGAAGAGAAGGGAGGGUGCUGCUCAAUUAGGGUUUAGACCAGGUGUUUUUUGAAGUCCCUUCUGUCUCUAAGAUAUUAUGAUUCAAUGACAUUCAGCACUUUCCCACCCUUAAUAGGUUAUUCAAAAUAAACAAGUUUAGUUUCAGCAUAAUCCUCCGGUGGGGACUAAUGCAAGUUUGUGAUCAUUUAUGAAUAAUGGCUUUUGUGCAUUCUGAUAAUGCUGACCAUACCCACAUCCAUCUCCACAGGCCACUAAUUCAAGAGCUACCUAGGACUGUUUUAUCUGCCAAGAUAAAACAUAUGGACCAGAAGGAAAAAAAAAA